GAAGUGUAAAAACGAAAUUGAACCUUAAGCUGUCAGACGGUGAUGUUUACUCUGAAAGGAGAGGAACAGAUCAUUCUGAAAGAAACACGGAAGGUUUUAUAACUUUUCUCUCAAGUAAACGUGUCUCUGCACCCCGGAGACGUGGGUUUUGUCUCCAGAACUUCCGGUAGUUAUCCGACACUGAGUCUGUGCUGAUGUCUCAUAGCAUCUGCCGGUUUCUUUCAUUUCUCUCUAGAAGGGACAGCUACUUUGGAAUGAGAGGCCUCAUUAACCACCAGCUGUCCUGCUGUGUGAACACACUCCUGCAGACCUUCUCCGCUACCUGGGAACUGGGAGAAAUACUCGACAAGUGGGAGGGAGCUGCUGUGAGAGAGGAGAGUCGUAACAUCCCCCUGCAGCUGAAGAGAGUUCUCUCCGCCAUGAAGAGCGACACCUCUCGUCCUGCUCCUCAUCAUGCCUUUCUCCACUCUCUGGACUUAAACCGUAUUCGACUUGGUACGCAGCAUGAUGCUGAUGAGGUGUUCCUCUCCAUCCUGAACCUCCUGCAACACCAGAUGGACGACAAACAUCUGGCUCUUGAAAUCCAGAAUUUGUACAAGAUAUCUGUGGAGACAUGCGUGCAGUGUUUAGAUUGUUCCUCCGUCCAGACCCUGAACACCUACCUGCUCAGCCUGCCACUGCAUGUCAAGGAAGAUCACGACUCUCUGGAAGGCUGCAUGACCUCCUUCUUUGAGCAUCAGGAGCUAAGGGGCAUAAAUUGCUGCUUUUGUGCAAAAUGUGAGAAGAAGACUCCAUCUAAAAAGGGUGUUAAACUACUUUCCCUGCCUCGUAUCUUGAGCGUUCACCUGAAAAGGUUUCGGAAUAGCAAUGGUUACACCCAAAAACUUGACUGCAGGAUUACCUUUCCUGAAACCAUUGACGUUUCUGAGACUGUUAAGGAAGCGUUCUCCUCAGACUUUAACCAGAAUGACUGCAAGUACACACUGCAUGCAGUGGUAGUGCACUCUGGAUAUGCAUCGUUUGGGCACUAUACUGCCUACAUGCGCCACAGGGGGAGCCAGCGCUGGUACUAUGCAGAUGACAGCUACGUACAUCAGGCCUCCUGGGAAGAAGUGCAGAGAUCCUAUGGGGGAAAUCACAGCAGAGGCACAGCCUACAUGUUAAUGUACAGAAGAGGUUCAAAAGAAGAGGUACAACAACCACAACUCUCCGGCUGAGUGGAUUGACGUGGAUGAAUUUGACCUGGGUUCAUGGUGCAAUUUUGGAUCAAAAUGGAUACUAUAGGAAAUAUAUAGAAUAUAUAUGCUAAUUUGCUUUAUUUAAUUUAUGGGACUUUUUAGAUGUUAUUAUAAAUGGUAAAUUGAUUAAUAUUUAAUGAUGUUUCUUGCUAAGUUAGACUGUACUUCGUCAAAGGAGUCUUUGUAUUUAAAGAAGUUGGUAAAAAAGCUUUUAUGGUUUUCUUGGAUAAGGGUUACCUGUAAUCAUAUGUUCUUUGUCAUCAAUAUCUCAACAGGUUUAUUCUGAGAUAAUACAUUUCUGACAGUAAUUUGUGCUGAACACCAGCAGGUGGAGUUGAAGACUCAACACAUUGAUGGGGUUUUCCAUCCCGAGACCACACACACUGUAAACACACUCUAUGAUAUGGGGAGGGUUGGUUUGAAAAAAUGCUUAGCUUAGAUAUUCACUGUUAUGGGGGAAAUACCUGCUAUUGGAGUCAGUGUUAAUUUUCCUGACACUGCUGUAUGAUAUAUGAGUCACCCAUUAAGCACAGUGAAGUCAUUUCUUUUUCUCGUUUGGACUGCCAAAAACAACAAUAUUAAAUCUCCUUCAGAAUCUCAUUUUGAAAUUUCAUUUUCUCACUACUUGUAGGGUCUAUAACUUCUUAUACAAAAGCUGAUUUGAUGACUCAAUUAAAUUAUCUUAUUGAUGCAUCAACAUCAGCACUUCUAUCACUACCUGGGCUCAAAAUGAAUGCACUUUAAUGCAAUUUAAUAAUGCCUGUUCUGAAUGUGUCUUGCAGUUAAAAAAAGGGUUAAAACUGCAAUUACAUCAGUGCUAAAAUGCUCGGUAUAGGCUUUCAGCAGAGCCUCUAAAGUUCCCACUCGCUUCGCCAAGAGUCGGGGGACCGUGUGAAAUGGUGCCUAUGUGCUGUGGAGCUUUGACAGAAUGGAACAUGUCUGCACAGUGCCACAGGCAGCAGGCCUCAUGCUUAGUCAUCUCGCUGCUGUGUGGCGCCGCUUUCUAUAUAGGGGGCAUCUUAAAAGACCAGGGCUAGAGGUUUAAAUUAUGUGUCUUGAUUGAGUCAGUGUCACAUAAAGAUUGUUUUAUCUGACUUUGCUUAAAUGGGAAGCUGACAAUGGAAUACUUGUUGACACAUAUUGAGAAGUAUUGCGAUGUGGAUGUAUUUACAAUCAAAAGCAUUUCAAUUAUCUAGACGACAGGCUCAGAUCAUUUAAUAAAAGCUGAUAUAAUCAAUGUAUUUUUUUUGGUGAUCCUACUGUUGUUUAGAUUGCAGAACAUGUAUCCAAUGAAAGAUUUCCUGCUUAGCAUCAUAUGGCAGACAUAUUGCCAGGUAGAUAACACAUUAUGAUAAUAUAAGGAAGGAGCCAUUGUGCAUGUUGAGUCUGCUUUUUGUGCAUUUUGCUGAUAAUACUUGUGUACUUUCAACUGAGUUCACCUAUGUGGGAUUGUCAUUGCUAAUGUGUUAGCAGCAUAGUGAUGUUAUAGGUACUGGUGGAAGUGUAUGUCAUUAAAAAACUUUGAUUUCAACUAUA